AUGAAGAGUUGUGAUUUAUGCAAAAUUGGUGCUCUUACAAAAAUGAGUGAGUAUUUGCAGGAGAAAUACUUUGAAGCUUUUAAUUUCUACUUUGCGAAGCCUAUUAACGAAAUCAUAGCAUAGAUCCCUCACGCCCCGCAUGUAAUAUAUUUUAAGGAUUAUGUAAUCUUAGAUGAGCGGAUGGAAUAUUUGAAAAGAUUCUACAACUAAGAGGAAGUCAAACCACGCGUUGAUAUCCUUACAGACUUUUAUACUCAGAAUUACAAGCAUUUACAUCCAAAUUUGUGUGUGAUAGAUGCUCAUAAGAUCAUGAACAAGAGAAACAAUAGAUAUGACAAAUUGUUUUAUUAGAAGGAUCGCGAAUAAAGUCAAUAACAAGUAAUAAGUAGGCAAGUGUUGAAUUCAAAAUUGACAGAGAAUAUCAGUUUCGAAACCUAGGAACAUGACAUAUAUGAAGAAGGAACUCAAGAAACUAAUAAGUAAGGUCUCGAUUUUAGAGGGUUGCAGAUUAUCAAAAACCUUUAGCAAUUAAAUCAAUCAGAACAGUCAGAUAUCACAAUCAAAGAUUGCAUAAUACAAGUGAAUCAAUUAUAUGGAAAGCGCAAGAAGCAAUCCACAUAUUCGAAGAGCAUCAAGCAACGCAAAUAAGCUGACAGCUCUAAAAGAGGGACUAAUUCUAAAAGUGAAUCUAAAAUAUUAUCGACUAUUAAGUAAAAUAAGGAGGAACCUCUGGAAUUGGGCAAUGGGGUCGAAUAAUUCAAUGAUUUAGACGCUAAACCUAAGUUGACGAGAAUGCAGAGUGAUUCAUAAAUGAUAUAGAGAAUGCUUAAGGAAUAUCAGAAAAUGAAACAAUUGAGAAGCACGGUCUCCUCCGAUUUACUGCCUAUGAGUACUUCUGUUCAAGGAUUUUAAGGUUAAUAAAAAAGUAUUAGAUAAGAUCAUAAUAAUAAUAAUGGGAGUAUGCAUAGUAGUACCUCAACAAAACAAGAAGCAUUAAAAAAAGUAUAUUAACCUUUUCCCAAGAAAAUUACAACUUCUUAGAUUGAUAGAAUUGCCAAGGGAGGUUGUUUGACUGAUCGAUCUUACAAAAGACCUCCUCCAAUUUCUGAGGAUCUGAUGCUGAAGAUUCAUGAUUAAAUGAAGGGGUUGAACACUGUGGAAAGUAAAUAGAAAGUUGAAUUUAAAUAUAUGAUCCCAUCAUAGUAUAAUUCAUAAUAAAAUCAAAAAUUAGUGAGUACCAAAGCUAAAUCAUCCCAUUCCAAAAAAAUAAUCAGUGAGUUGGGCACUAAAUCAUAACAAAUCAAUAAAUAUACCACUUAGAAGGCAGAUGAAAUUGUUAAGAAAUACAUCUAAUUUGCUCAAUAAACAAUGAAGAAAAAGUUUGAUUUCAAAUUAAACCUAUAAGGAUUAAACGAGGAACCUUAAGAGGAGGAAGUUUACAGCAAGCGAAAAAAUUUUUAUACCGAAAGACACAGUCAAGUCUAAGAUAGAGAAUAAUUCAAUUCUCAUCGAAAAAUCUUAUAAAAAUGA